GAAAAUGAAAAGCAUAUCUUUAAAACUAUUGAAGAAAAUGAAUGUUGGGGUUGGCCUUGUGGAUAUAAAAUCAAGAAAAAAAAAGAAAAAAAACCUUUCAGCCCAUGUACAAGGCUAGAGUAAUAUACGACGUGCGAACAGGGGCGGAGCCGGCGUAUGUCCGGGGUUCCCUUCGGCGAAAAAUUACAGUGUAUUUUCAAAAUUAAAAUUAUUUUAUUAUGUAUAUAUAAUAGAUGUUGAACCCUCUGACUUCUUCAUAUAUUUACCUUUUAGAAUUUUUGAACCCCUGUAUGAAAAUCCUGACUCCGCCACUACGUGCGAAGAUGUGGUGUUUAUAGCCAUUCAAAUUUCCUGUUUCUACGGCUAUAUUAAUAUUCAUUUGGAUUCAGUACAUUUGCUCAAAUUUUCUCCUCUUUCUUAUCAAAGCCAAGAAGAGCGUUUUAAUUUGCAAUUCUGAUAGUUUGAUACUAAGUGUUAUUAUUAUUCUUAUUAUUAUUUAUUUAUUUAUUUGGUGGACAAUCUAAUUAACAACGUACUCUCUUUCGCUAAUGGUGAGUACGAUUCGUUGAGGGAAGUCAAAAUGGCAUACAAGGUGGAUCAUGAGUAUGAUUAUUUAUUCAAGAUUGUUCUGAUUGGAGAUUCAGGUGUCGGAAAAUCUAACAUUCUUUCCAGAUUUACGCGAAAUGAAUUCUGUUUGGAGUCUAAAUCCACCAUUGGCGUCGAAUUUGCAACACGGACGCUUCAGGUAGAAGGGAAGACAGUAAAGGCACAAAUAUGGGACACAGCAGGGCAAGAAAGGUAUAGAGCCAUAACAAGUGCUUAUUACAGAGGAGCCGUGGGAGCGCUCUUGGUUUACGACAUAACCAAGAGACAAACUUUUGAAAAUGUGCACAGAUGGCUCCGCGAGCUAAGGGAUCAUGCUGACUCCAACAUUGUCAUCAUGCUGGCUGGAAACAAGACCGAUUUGAACCAUCUUCGAUCAGUUCCAGAUCAAGAUGCAAGACUCUUGGCUGAGAAAGAAGGGUUGUCAUUUCUUGAAACCUCUGCAUUGGAAGCUUUGAAUGUUGAGAAGGCGUUCCAAACGAUUUUGUUGGAUAUUUAUCAGAUAAUCAGCAGGAAAGCUUUAGCAGCUCAAGAAGCUGGUGCUAUUCCUGGUCAAGGAACUGCUAUUAAGGUUGGAGAGAAUUCUGGCAACUCGAAUACGAGACCAUGUUGUUCUAACUAAAAAUUGGGAUAUGUUUCUUCUGUUGUUGUAAUGUAAUAUGUAAGAGUAGAUUUAUGUGUGAUGAUCAGAGUUAUGUGGGUAUAUUUUGAAUUGAGGAAUGGCAGAGAGGAAUCUUAUGCUGCUUAAAACUUGUAAUUAAACACAGGUAAACUUUUUGUAAUACUUUUUGACAUUAUGAUUGAUUUGGAGAAUGAAAUAGUAGCUUAUAACUCAA